AUGAAAGCGUGGGUGAACCUCCGAUCUGUGAAUAUCACGAAUCCUACCACAACAGCCGAUUAUUUCGCAUCGCAGUGGGUAGAUCCGAGUGAUAUCUUCUCUGUUCUCCUCUUGUUAGGGCCAGAGAUCGUUCAGCAAGCUGUCGCUCAGCUGGCAGGGCGCGCAAUCACCCCGGUUGCUUUCUCCUUUGGAUGGGUGGCAUACUCCGCGAAAGCCUUACUUUCGAUGAUUGGAGACGGACGACUGAUGCCCGAGACCGACAUGCUUAAUACGCUAGUUAUUGGUGCAGACAGUAAACAUGUCCGGACCGCAAGUUCAUGGAUCUUAGGUCGCUUGCUACGCGACCUGGACGAUCGAUACGAUAAGGAGAUGGAAGGUGAGGAGUCUCAUGUUCCACCCUCGCAAUCUGUCUCGGCCCGUCCGGGAUUCACCGAAAAGGAAAAGGGCAUCAGCCACCAGCAGGGGAAGCCAUGGGAAGCCCUGCGAAUCUCGGUCUAUCAAGUUAUCAAUCAAGAUGGGCACAAUCAUGGCGUUCCACAUUGCGAUUGGGUAUGGUACUCGGGAUUUGUAGUCAUCCUCGGGCAGCUAGUCAUUGCUAUGCUACCAUGGGUGCUGUAUGGGCAGUGGGGUACAUUUCUCAUCACUGCCUAUGGGAACUUUCUAGCCCUGUUGAGCGGCUCGCUUCCACAAUGGCGGAAAGAGAAAUGGUCAUGUCCUCGAAACGGGGGGGCCACAGUCACCCUCACCCAAGGCAAUGGCAGCCGCCACGCAGUUGUAAUCUUAGGUGAAAAAAAGGCUGGCUUGGAUCUGGAGAUCCUGGCUCGGGGAACUCGCACGUCCGCCCCUUCACGCGUCACCCGCCUCGCUGCCGCACUUCUAGCAAUUCAGUGGAUUGGGCUACUGAUCACAGCAGAUGGAUUGGCGAUUGAUACCUGGUAUCUACUGGGCAUCGGAGCCUUGGGGAGUAUUCAGAAUGUGAUCGCUGCGGGAGCUCGCCGAUCCCCAAGUGCAUUGGGUGUUCACAUUCGCGAUAUCGGUCAGCCAAUCCGAGGCAACCGUGUAGCAGAUGUGCUAAAAGCCGCUGAGCGGCAGUAUCCUGGCCUGGGCAUGAGCUUAGUCCCUAUUUUCUUUCCAGGUUCCAUGCGAGUCCAGCCCUCUGAGUUUGACUUCUGGCGAGCAGCAAAUGAGCGUCAAAUGGGACCCAAUAGAUUCGGGACACGCAUUGAUAACCUCCCACCCCCACCCCAAUCAUCCACCAUACAGAUGGCGGCCGACGUCCCCGAACAUGACUUGAUCAAUACUGAAGAGAAACACAUCUAA